GUUUUCAAAUAAUUCUUUAAUACAGUCCUAGGCACGGGUGUCAAAUUCCAUAUGGACCUUAAAAUUGUGCAUCCGUAAAAGGAAAUUUGAUUUCCUUUCUUAUAACACCAUAUGUGAAAGCGAAAGUAAAUCAUUCACAGGAAGUAAGAACGACAAUAUAACAUGGCUGAGGGUGGCGAUUUGACUUUCAUAAAAGAUGGUUCGGAUGCUGAUUUUGAGUACACUUGCACUCCAUGUGGGGAUGAUGAUAUCCGAGAAGAGGCUGUAAAGUUUUGCCCUGUAUGUGAGGAAUAUCUGUGUACAUCAUGUACACGACAACAUGGUCGGCGGAAAGCUACACGGUCACAUACUUUACAAGAUUGUGAUGCUUUGACAACAAAAGGUACAGCGGUAACCAUGGUCACAAAAUGUCGUUAUCAUCUAGAUCGUGACAUUGAAAUGUACUGCGAAGUACAUGACAUGGUCUAUUGUAUGAAAUGUAUUAUUGAUAAUCACAGAUCCUGCAAUGGAGUAUCUAAUUUAGAAGACGUGUCUUCACAUCAGGUAAAAGAGAUUGAGCGACUAAAGACAGACAUGAAAACUAUUCAAGAGCGUUUAGAUGACACUGAUCAGAAGUUGAAGACGAACAUCAGUAGCGUUGAGAAGCAAAGAAACGAAAUUAUUUCUCAGAUAGAGGGGAUUGAGCGGGAAUUCGUUGAUCAUAUCCGUAAGCUGAAGCAUAAAGCAUUGGAAGCUCUUAAUUCAGACUUUACUUUGGCCAAAGAAGAGGUUGAGAUAAAUGUUUCUCAGAUUAGCAAAGUUAAACAAGAAAUUGAGCAAGCAUGUAGCCAAUUACAGACAGUCGACAGUAUGAAUGUAAGGCAACAAUUUGUACAGACAAAACUGGUACAACAGACUGUAAACAAUGCUUUGAAAGUUUUUAAACAAAGCGAGGCUAAAGGUUGUCAGUAUUUACGCUUCACGGAAAAUGCGGAAUUAAAAUCUUUAAUCAUUGCGUCAACAUCUUUAGGGUCUGUAGAGAAGACAACAGAAAACAACAGUCUGUUGUAUAAAGUAAGUUCACAGAAGGAGAUUAAUAUCAAAAUGAAAAAUGACGGUGUACAAUGCUACAUUAAUGAUAUAUGUCAGCUUACAGACGGUACAAUCAUAUUGGCUGAUAGCAAUAACAAGAGGAUAAAGAGGCUUGAUGGGAAUUAUAACAUUAAAGAUUGUUUGGAUCUAGAAUCAUAUCCUAGAGGUAUCUGUUGUACUGGUAAUACCGAGGUCGCUGUGAAACUUUACAACGACAAAGUUUGGUUUAUAUCAACAGGAAACUCAUUAUCUAAGAUGAGAGAUAUAUCUGUUACAGGUGGAGGUUACUGGGGAAUGGCAUAUUGUGCUGGACAGUUGUGGGUAUCUGAUUUAAAUGGUGUAAAUGUAUACAAUAUGACUGAUACAUUAUUAAAAUCUUUCAGCAAGGAUGUCAAUGGUCAACGCAUAUUUAAAUCAUCUCCACAACAAAUGGCUGUCAGUGGAGAUACUAUUAUUGUAACAGAUAAUAGUGAUGGUGCUGUCUGUCUGAACAGAGAUGGUACGGUGAAGAGAGAACUGAGGGAUAAAAGACUUGCCAACACACGUGGUGUAUGUGUAGCCAAUGACGGGACCGUGUUUAUUUCUGGGUUAAACUCAAACAACAUCUUGAUGUUUGAUAGAGAUGGUAAAUGUUUUGGAGAAUUGGUGGGUAAAGAUGCCGGUCUGAUUAAACCAACAUCAUUGUUAUAUGAUGACAAGAAAAACUGUUUAAUUGUUGCAUGCAAUCCGGAUAAGAUCAUAGUUUAUUAUACAUGAUAUAUUUGACAUUAAAAGUAGGAGGAGCAUAUAUCAUUGUACUGCUACGAUGAUCAUAUUUUAUAUAGUUGUGAAUUAAAUUUAAUGUAAUCGCUGUA